UGUUUCUCAUAACAUUCCCAGCUAACUCCUCUUCUCUCUCUUCACCAAAUUAAAAGCACUUACCCAAAAAGCACAAGCUAACCACCAUGGAAAAAUCACAAACACCUCACAUAGCAAUUCUCCCGAGUCCAGGCAUGGGCCACCUCAUCCCACUUGCCGAGUUCGCCAAACGACUCGUCCACCGCCACAACUUCACCGUAACAUUCGUAGUCCCCUGCGACGGCCCUCCAACAAAAGCCCAAAAGUCCGUCCUAGACGCCCUGCCAACCGCCAUUGACCAUGUCUUCCUCCCGCCAGUCUGCUUUGACGACAUCCCGCAAGGCUCCAAAAUUGAAACAAUAAUUUCCCUCACCGUCGCCCGAUCCCUUGCCUCCCUCCGCGACGCUCUCAGCUCCUUGGCCUCCCGCACCAAGCUCGUCGGGCUUGUCGUCGAUCUCUUCGGCACAGACGCCUUCGACGUCGCCAAAGAAUUCAACCUCUUCAACUACAUUUUCUUCCCGUCCACGGCCAUGCUCCUCUCUCUCGUCCUCUAUGCGCCGGAGCUCCACGAAACGGUGUCGUGCGAGUAUCGAGACCUCUCCGAUCCCGUCACGAUUCCCGGGUGCAUCCCAAUUCCCGGCAGCGAGUUGCUCGAGCCGGUUCAGGACCGUGGAGAUGAGGCCUACAAAUGGUUUAUUCAUCAUGCGAAACGGUACCGUUUGGCCGAUGGGAUUAUGGUAAAUAGCUUCACGGAGUUGGAGCGAGGUGCUUUGAAAGCGUUACAGGAGAAAGAACCGGGUAAGCCGCCGGUUUACCCGGUUGGACCGCUAGUAAAAAUGGAGUUCAGUGGCGUUUUGGAUGACCAGUCAUCCAAGUGUCUGAAGUGGCUGGAUGAGCAGCCACGUAGCUCUGUGUUAUAUGUUUCUUUUGGAAGUGGUGGGACCCUCUCUUUUGAUCAGAUCAAUGAGCUGGCUCUAGGGUUGGAAAUGAGCAAGCAAAGGUUUCUAUGGGUGGUGAGGAGUCCCAGUGACAAAGCUGCCAAUGCCACUUAUUUUACUGCUCACAGCCAAAAUGACCCUUUGAAGUUUCUUCCCGAAGGGUUUACGGAUAGGACCCAGGGGCGGGGUCUGGUUGUGCCCAAUUGGGCACCGCAGGCUCAGAUUCUAAGUCACGAGUCAACAGGAGGGUUCUUAACCCAUUGCGGUUGGAAUUCCUCCUUGGAGAGUAUUGUAAAUGGUGUACCUCUUGUUGCUUGGCCACUAUAUGCUGAACAAAAAAUGAAUGCUUAUUUGUUUACAAAAGACGUAAGGGUGGCACUGAGACCCAAGCCGGAUGAAUAUGGUUUGGUAGGAAGGGAGGAGACUGCGAUGGUGGUUCAAGCUCUCAUGGAAGGCGAGGAAGGUAAGCGACUCAGAAGCCGAAUGAAGGACCUGAAGGAUGCUGGUGCUACAGCUCUUAGUGAUGAUGGGGCUUCUACAAAGGCACUAUCUGAUGUGGUCACAAAGUUGAAAACCCAAAUUUCAAAUUAAAAUGUUGUUUUAGUAUCUUCAUGCGUCUCACCCACUUCACUUUCGUAUUUUUACCCUCCCAGUUAUGUUGUCCAAAGGGGUGAAAUGAUAAUAUAAUUGUUCUUGGUUGACUGUAAGAUAUUAUGGUGCAUGUAUAACAGCCACUUUUUUAGGUGUUUA